GACUUAUUGGCACUGAUUUGACUUUCCCAUUGUUUGAUUUCUUCAGGGAAGACUGGGAUUCUAUCACUGGUUUUUUUUUCAGCGCUAUCAUCAUCAAGAGGAAUACUGUCUUUUGGCGUAAUCUUCAUUGAAGUUUUUUUUUUUCUAAGAAGAAGGGGAAACCAGAAAGAAAUCUUUUAAAAGAAGAAAUCAUUUUGACAUCUGUGUCUCAUUGUCAGAGCUCUUUGGGUGUCAGAGCUGAGGAACAGAGCUGGAUCGGAGAGCGAUAUGCACGGGGAGAACGCAGGUCUCUGGGGCGGACUGGGACCCCUCCUGUCACCGUAAGACCGUGAGAGGACCGUGACAGUCCACAGAAGGGGGAUCAGGAGGACACGAGAGAGGGGGGGGGUACCGUCCACAGAAGAGGUAUCAGGAGGACACGAGAGAGGGGUACAGGGGGUAUAGUCCACCGAAGGGGGAUCUGGACACGACAACUACAAGCAUGUCAAGCCUGGUUGGAGUGAUCGCACUUCUGGUGUGUUACAUCCUGGUGUCGGCAAAGGCAUUGAUUGACGCGGAUGACGUCAUCACCAAGAACGAGCAGAUCUACCUUCUGAUUGGUGCAGGGGCCAAGUGUAAUCGGAGCAUCCGUGCCCUACUCAGCUCAGUGAAGGAGAAUGAGUGUGCACCUGAGUGGGAUGGCAUCAUCUGCUGGCCUCAAGGAAAGCCUGGUCAGCUGGUGUCAGUCUUAUGCCCCGAAUACAUCUAUGACUUCAACCACAGAGGUCACGCGUAUCGGCAGUGUGACACGUCGGGGACGUGGGAUCUGGUUUCGAGCAUCAACCGCACCUGGGCCAACUACACCGAGUGCACCACCUACCUGCGGACCAACCCUGGCAACCAGGAGGAGGCGGUGUUUGAGCGUCUGCACCUAAUGUACACGAUUGGCUACUCCAUCUCUCUGGUCUCUCUCCUGGUUGCUCUCUUCAUUCUGUGCUACUUCAAACGCCUCCACUGCACGCGGAACUACAUCCACAUCCACCUCUUCACGUCCUUCGUGUGUCGGGCGGUCAGCAUCUUCGUGAAGGACGCCGUGCUCUACACCGUGUCGGACGAGGCCAAGCCUGAGGAGGAUGGAGUGGGGCAGAGGCCACACAUGGUUGGCUGUAAGGUGGCGGUGACUUUAUUCCUGUACUUCCUGGCCACCAAUCACUACUGGAUCCUGGUGGAGGGCCUCUACCUGCACAGCCUCAUCUUCAUGGCCUUCCUCUCCGACAAGAGUUACCUGUGGGCUCUCACCAUCAUCGGCUGGGGUGUUCCUGCUGUCUUUGUGUCCAUAUGGGUCAGUGCUCGAGCAUCUUUAGCGGACACCCAGUGCUGGGAUAUCAGUGCUGGCAACCUCAAGUGGAUCUAUCAGGUUCCCAUUCUGGCCGCCAUCGUUGUGAACUUCUUCCUGUUCCUCAACAUCAUCAGGGUCCUGGCCUCUAAGCUAUGGGAGACAAACACAGGCAAACUGGACCCCCGGCAGCAGUACAAGAAGUUGCUGAAGUCGACCCUGGUGUUGAUGCCCCUGUUCGGGGUGCACUACAUGGUGUUCAUUGCGCUGCCCUACACGGAGGUGACGGGGGUCCUGUGGCAGGUGCAGAUGCACUACGAGAUGUUCUUCAACUCCUCACAGGGCUUCUUCGUGGCGUUCAUCUACUGUUUCUGCAAUGGCGAGGUGCAGGCAGAGGUGAAGAAGGCAUGGCUAAGGCGGAGCCUGGCGUUGGACCUGAAGCAGAAAGCUCGCGUCACCAGCAGCGGAGGGGGCGGGAGCUGUUACUAUGGCGGCAUGAUGUCACACACCACCACCCAGAGCGUGUGCCUCAGUGUGGGCGGGACCAAAGGCCUUCCGCUGUUGGGUGGGGCUGGCAUCGGGGUUAAAGGUCAGCCCCGCCUCCCCUCCCUCCACCACACCCUUACCAACCUACCCGGUUACGUGCCCACCGACACGGAGAUGCCCGCUCCCACGGUAACCCAGCAGGAGCUGGUGCUGAGGCGGGCAGUCCGGGUGGGCAUCCUGGCACCCCCUAGUGCCGGUACAGCGGAAGGUCAAAGGUCACGAGAGGCUGAGGGGGAGGCGCCCGGUGACCCUGAACCCUUCCUGCCGCCUGAGGAGGACCACUUCAGCUCCGUCUCGAUCAAAGAGCUGGAGACCAUCCUGUGA